GCAUACUGUAAAUGUCAGGGCUUCCGUGAUGUACAACUGGCAUUUGAUUGAGACCUUCAGUAAUUUAUAUUUACAUCAGAAUCUUACAUUUUUAUGAACACUGAUUCGAUGGGAAUAUUAUUAAUUUUCCAUGUGGGCUCUUUAAUAUGCAUUUGAGCAGAGCUGAUCACAGAUUCUUCCAUUGUUUCUCCACGAUGGCUCUAUGGCAAGCCAUUUCCUUACUUGUUGUCUGUGGACUCAUCGAGUGCACACUUUUUGCAGAUGACAGUAUGUGCAAAGUGACCUGCACCACAGACUUCAUCUCUAUGCUGAACUGCUCUAAUUCUGACUUGGCAGGAACUGCAUCAUGUAUCAUUGUUGCAGAUUGCAGGGAUGAAGGUAAUGCCGUGAAUGUGAGCUGCAGUAUCAAAUCACCACAAUCUUGGUGCACAAUGGAAUCAGAGGAACAUGAAAUAAUAAUGGCCUAUGAUACCAUUUGCAAUAUAACAAUAACACAAAUGUCCCAUAAAGGAGGGCUGGAGAUCCCAACAAAUCGCUACUCAGAAGAAAUGUUUCUGUACAAAUCUGUUAAGCCUAAAAGGCCUUUUAACCUAAGGACUGAAGGAUUUGAUGAAGGUUUUAAUCUCACUUGGGAUGUGGCGUAUACAGAGCACGAUCUGUAUGAAAAAUUAUACUACAGAGUACGAUUGCGAACUAAAGGUGCCCCAGAUGAGAAGGGACAAAUUUACCUUCUGGAACAGAACCAACAAUCCAUGGUAAUCAUGAGUGAAAGCUUCUUGCCAGGAAGGCAGUAUGUGGCAGAUGUCCAGGUCGCAGUGCAUCCUAGAUGGUUUACAUCCAUGUGGAGUGAAUGGAGCAACAGUGUUGAAUGGACCACUGAAUGGACAUCUGGAAGCAUAUUUGAAUGGAAAUCUAAUGCUCCGGGGUCAGAACAGUACUAUUUCCUGUUGUUGGUGGCAGUCGCCAUUGUGGUGAUGGUGGUUCUCCUGUACACUGUCAAAUUAGGGGGCAUCAAAAAGCUGUCUUUAUGGCAACAUAUUCCAAGUCCCCAUGACUACUUCAAACCACUCUACCAUACAUAUCAAGGAGACUUUAAGAAAUGGGUAGGGCCAGUCCUGACCUUCAAUAACUAUGAUGUCCUUGAGAAGAGCGCCACUCUACAGGUGCUUUGUGACAAGCAGCAGAGUGAAAGAUCAGAGGAACCUGGUAACAACAGGAACAGUCACCGAGACUCCAGCCCUUUCAUUCUGGCAAUUCAAAACUCAUCCAAACUCCUUGGAAGCAACAGUGAUGGUGUCACACACUCCGGCGGCCACAUAUCAAUGGACACUGUUACCGUAUCUGAUCAGGAGGGCAUCAUGGCCGACUGCUCUGGCAAGAGUCAUAAACGGAGCCUGGAGGAGUUCCUCAACUCCAAAGAAGCCAAUCAGAGAUUGCUUGAAGUCACUGAUGGGCAGCCCGAAGCUGUAGGGCCUGACAGGAGAGGUGGCUUACAAGCUUUAGACUGUGACGAUUGGCAUCUACAAGAGGAUGACCUGGAGAACAUUGAACAUGUCUCUCUGGACUCUUAUAGUUCUAAUGAGCAAUUCGAUGAUGGUUACCCUCAAAUGGGAUUGGAUUUAGACACCAUAGACAGUGGCUUUCUUGAGUCAGACAGUUCUAGCCCCUCAGCAUUUGAUGGGAACGAACAGAUAGAGACUUCCUCUCUGGACGGUGUAGAGUGCUCCCAUUCAAAUUAUGUCAAACAGUGGGCAGCUUUUUCUGCAGUCCAAGUUGAUACCCAAAGCACUGGAAAGUAGCCGGGACUGUGUACUACAACAUCAAAUGGAACCAAUCAGCCAAAACUGAAUAAUAAACAGUACAAGUUUCUUAGCUUGUACAAACAAGGCUGAAGAUGUCCCUGUUUGGACUUAAUUUGCUCAUAAGUUACAGCCCAGCAAGGCAUAGGCCUAGCAGUGGCUUACGUGAGAUUGUGUGCAAAGGAUCUUUCACAGGACACUUUUCUACAACAGGAUCCUGCGGACUAUAUAGAAGUCUGCAAUUUGUAUACAUAUGCAAGAUUGUGCCAAAUUUACUGUGUUAUACACUAUGCCAAAGGUGCCUGGAUGGUGUACUAUUUCUAGUGGAUUUUCAAAGUACUCAUUGGUGCGUGCUAUAUUGCUGUCAUUGGCCCUUCUCAAUCAUGGCCUCCUAAUAAUCCCCAUCCAUUAAUUGGUUCUACAACUCUACUCUCUCCUCUCAACCAAUAGCUGGUGUGUGGUGAGCGUACUGGCGCACUAUGGCUGCCCUCGUAUCAUCCAGGUGGAUGCUGCACCUUGGUGGUGGUUGAGGAGAUUCCCCCUAUACAAUGUAAAGCACUUUGAGUGCCUAGAAAAGCGUUAUAUAAAUGUAAGGAAUUAUUAUUAUUAUUAUUGUUAUUAUAUUGCUCACAACCCAAGAAUAUCACCAAAUAUUCAAAAUUGGCGGGGGACCAAAUGUAAAAGUUUAAUUGGUUAUUGAAAAAAGUUAGUUGAUCACCCAGUGCUCAAACUGUUUCCAGUCUUAUGGGGGGUUGGGUGGUUACAGGGGAGGACGUGUGCUUAGCAGUGUUUUGACGGGGUCUAAGCACGUGCUUAGUGGUAUUUUGACGGGGUGUAUUUUUUAUUUCUUAUGUGGAUUCGACUUAAUGUUGCCGAAUCCACAGUGUGAUCAGUCUGGCGACAAAGGGGUCUGUGGUGUCAAGAUGUGUUAGUAUGAUCCAAUUUAUCCAUACUGUCAAACACUCAAAAGUAUGUACUUUUCCAGCACCAGGAAAACGCACAUUUAGUGCGCAGUAGAAGUACGUGAAUUGGGAUGAAGGCAUUGCAUUUUUGUACUGAUUAUCUAUUGAGGUAAGAUUGAUAAUUUGAGAAAUAAAGGACUUUGUAAGCUUUUAUGCUAUGGAAAUUCAUGACAUAUGCAGUUCUUCAGUUGUGGGUGUUAUCAGUAUUUGCUGGCCUGAGCAAGAUAAGCAUGUGUCACUGCCAGGCAAAUAAUCCCAGCCACCUGAUAAUACAAUGGGUAAUUCUACAUAUCAGAUCUUUUGCACAAAUGAUUAGCUGAACCCUGCAGUCCUAAUCAGGUGUUCUUUGAUAACUUUUUCACAAUGUUUCUGUAAUAGCAAUCCACUUUAUGAAACAGACACAUAAUUUAAUGAUCCUAAAAUUAUUUCAUGCACUUUAUUGUUAUGAUGAUCUGAUUAUUUAUUACUCUUGGUGAGACCAUUUAUUUGUUGAUUACAGACUUUAUUUGGUAGAUAAGACUUGAAUGGAAGGUUUAAAAAGUAAAAUUCAUGGUCGCUUGACAAACAUAUGAUUUGAGGGUUUUUGUGCUUUUUUAGCCUUAACUUUUUACAGUUCAGCCAUUUCAGCAGCUACGGUACAUGUCAAUUUUGGUGAUUCUAGUUUAACAUUUCUGGAAACAUCCAUGUCAGUUAAGAAGCGAACCAUAUAUACCAUAAUAAGUUUAAAGGUUUUUAAUCAAUCUAUUAAAAGUCAGAUUAAAAGCCAUGAUAAUGUCAAAAUAUGGAUAAAUAGAAAAUAAUGGUUGAGAGUGUGCCCAUUAACAAAUAUGCAUUCCUUAUGAAAGCCACCAUCAAUCUGUACAGCAGAUUUUGUCGCCUUAUAACACUUUUUUUUUUUCCUGCCACAUCUGAAAUGUAAAAAAGGAAAUGAAAAAGAAAGUAGCAACCAUCUAAGACAAUGCCAAAUUAGUUAUGUAAGAAGCCACCAAUAAAAGAAGCUGUUAACUGCUCAUCUUUUAUCUAUUAAUAUCACUGCACAAAAAUGUCUGAAAUGGAACAGUAUAAAGUCAUGUCAAGGUUCAUUUAAUGGCUGGAAAUGUUACAGAUUUUUAAUUAGGUCUAUAAAUUAGAUAAUAAAAAGGGAAACUAAGAUUAGAGUAACUAAAAUGCUUUGUCAAACCAACAAAGAAUUAAUCUGAAUUAAGAUUCAGAGUCUCCCUUUUAUACAAUCCUAUAUAUAAACUCAUUCCUUCAACUGGUAUAUUACAUAGUACAUAAUGUUGUAUAGUUUAAAAAGAUCACAUGAAUUUAAUGUGUGGUUUUCACAAGUGAUAUUUUGUGUAUGGGAAAGCAUGAACCUUAUGAUGCCAGUGUAACUAAUCAGAUCAGAGAUUUUAGAUAACAUAGAGGUUAAGAUCUCCUACAUAAACAGGAACCGCUCUGUAUAUAAAGCCGGCUUGAUUUGUCUAUGCUGCUCUGCUCUGUCUCAGACUUCUCCUUUCCAGUUAUGUAAUAUUUCUCUAAAGUGUCCGAAUAAAUGUGGUGAGUUGAAAUAACUGUUCUAGCUUAUGUCAUCUUUACGAUUUGUACUAAUAAUUCAGAAAUGUAUGAUACAGAUACAAGACUUAAAUGUAUUCUUGAUUUAUAGCAGAUUUACGUAUUUGGUGUUUUAAAUUACACUGUAUACGUUCAUUAAAAACACUUUAAGAAUGAA